CCUCUUAUGACGUUAUUUUAUCCCUUUGUCAUUCUCCGCAUGAUUUCACGUCAGUGAAUUUCUGCAUACUCACACAUGUCCUCCUCAUCUUCACACCCGUUUAUUAGCGACAACCAAUCGCCUUUGAGCGGUUUCAAACUUCGUAAACUUCGACCAGCUCCAGGGCCGAGUUCUGGGGGGACUAGUUCUGACUCCAGUCAAGGACCAUCGCUCCAACCUCGUCUCCUUCCCCGCGCCAAUCUAACAAAAAUCGCCUGCGAACCGUGUCGGAGACGAAAGGCCAAAUGUUGUGGCGAACGUCCAAAAUGCAAAGCUUGUAUCAACAAAGGUCUCGAGUGCCAUUACCAGGCUUCCGAUCAAGACCUGUUUGACCUAAAGCGCAAACACGAUGAAAUACAGGAAAGGGCCAACAUUUACGAACGGCUCUACGACCUUCUGAUGAAUCUACCAGAACAAGACUCGCAUGCCAUCCUCCGCAGACUUCGCAAAGGCACUGAUGGUGCCACAACCAUUCUGCAGGGGGAUGACGGCGACCUUCUCUUACAAGUAGCAUCGGCGUUAAAUACACGACCGUGCAAGGGACAAGACGUCGAAAACUUGUCUGAUUGGCUUCGUGGGGCGCUGCCCUCGGGUGGUGGUGGGUUGUCUGUCGUUGCCACGCCAGGUAGCCAUAACGCCAACCUCAGUGACGCUUCCGCCUCUACGCCUGCGGGCGGUACUUCGGCGGCCGCAUCUUGUCCCCUAAGCUUGGGACCUGGGAACGCCACGGGUAGUAAUCCUGACCCGAAAGUAAUGAGCUCUUCGGAAAAUCGUCGAGGGCCGUCACACUCUCGGAAUGCAUCAUGGGUCGAGGGCAUGCAGGAUGACCAUAUGCCUGCUGGACUACCCCGAUCCCAUGGGCUAGAUCAUGUUCCAUUUGUUUUAAACCAACGAGAAUGGGAGCAUCAUCCUUCGGCAUGGACCGCCAUUACCAAUAACAUCAACUUGAUACUACAUCUUCUUGCUUUGUACUUUUGCUGGGAGUAUCCAGUAUUCGCACCUCUUAGCAAAAGGCAUUUCCUUCAAGAUUUUCGCGAUGGAAGACACAGAUAUUGCUCGCCCUUACUUGUUAAUGCGUUGCUUGCCCUUGGCUGCCGCUUUUCCACCAAUCUUAUUACUAGGACUGAUUCUGAAGACCCACAGUCGGCAGGCGACCACUUCUUUAAAGAGGCGCAGCGGCUCUUUGACCAAGAGACAGAUCACCACUCUCUAACGACAAUCCAAGCCUUGGGAAUCAUGUCGAUUCGAGAAGCUAAUUGUGGUCGAGGCUCAGAGAGUCGGUAUUAUGCGGGACAGAGCAUACGGCUGGCUUUUGAGAUGGGCCUGCAUCGUACCCCCGAUAAUGGAGAUCAGGAGGAGCUUGCUGUUCAGUUGGCGACUUUCUGGGGCGCAUUUUCUCUAGAUAAUGUGUCUUCUCUGGUAACGGGUUCAUUGCCUAAUUGUUCUUAUACCCUGCACUUGCCAUCUAAGCCUGCUGUUGUAAGAGAUGUUGAGGCAUCAGUCUGGGUUCCUUACACAGAUGACGAUGCGCCACUGCAGCUACAGUAUGAGCAGCCAUCUAAUGAGCGGUCGGUAUAUAAGUGCCUCUGUGAGCUAAGUGAACGGGUACACAAAUCUCUAUACCUUCUGCACUCACCUAGAAAUACCUUAACAGCACAGGGCCUACUGGGCAUCUAUACAGAGUACCUCGACUGGUACAACGGAGUGCCCGAAGUCCUGCGGCUCGGUCACAACUUUACUCCGGCAGUGCUAUUCGCCCACAUGUACUACCACUUUGCAACCUUACUACUCUUUUGGCCCUUUGUUAACUUGCGUAUUAUCGAGUCUGAGGUAUCACCGCGAGACGUCUGUUUACAGGCUGCAAAUGCCAUACAGGGCUUUCUCACAUCCUACUCGCGGAUAUACCCACUGAAGUUGGCGCCGUCUUUCGUGCCAUACUUCGCGCUGGCCUCAUCCAUCAUCCACCUUGCUCUCAUGGCCGGAACGGUACAGGCACACAAGUUAGGCACGGCAGCGAGGACUGACCUUCACCUCUCUGAGGCAGUGAAGCAGGGUAUCGAUGGACUUGCAGAAAUGGCGCGUUACCAUCACGUUGCCGAACAAGCCCUCCACCUUCUCCGCCAUCUGGCUAAGGAGUGGAACACUGAUGUCAAUAUUGAGAUAGGCGCUGCUCUAGAUCUAGAGGAGUACGAGAGGCUUGGCAGAUCAUUCGGUGGUAUUGUCAAUUUCUUUGCGCCCACUAUGGUUGCCCAGGUCUCUGUUCCCGACACCAUUACGGAUAAAGAUGUUAGAGAAACAGCGCCGUGUCAACCCGGAAAGGCAGUAGAGAACUUGGAGGACCUGCUCUUUUUGCCAUCCGCUAUGCAGGGGCUUCCAAUGCUCUCAAAGGACGAGGCACUAGCGGAGGCAGGCUUUGCCGUAUUAUGAAAACCUGCUCAUGCCUUGUCUGUUCCUGUGAGGUGAAUAGCUUCGUCCCUACGCGUAUGUGUUCUGGGUCACUAAAAUGCGUAUCACUGCAUGCUGUGAUGCCCAUGGCCGAUAAGCAUCUGUAGAAGUUUACUAUGAAUCCGACUUCGCUAUGCUUGUCAAUACCAGCGUAGUAGGCUUUUAUAUGACUGCCCCUAUAUUUCUCUUAAAUCUCAAUAUACUAAUCGAACUGUAAAGGCA